AUGCCGUGCUUCGGGAGCCAAGGCUCCGGAUGGUGGCAUAAUGUGGCGCAAGAAAGGCCCUGUAGUGUGUGGAGAAAAGUGUCACUUUUUUCCGAGGCCCAGGUCAUGUCGACGUUGCUCGGGGUGUGUCAAGACAUAGUCGCGACCUUCUUGCGGACGCACGACUGCCCAGAAACAUUGGCAGCUUUUGAAAAAGAAUGUAAACGCGUGCCUGUCGCAAACUCAGCUUACAAUUCUGUCUCUCGCGAUCUUCGCACGCUUGUGGAAUAUGCUGCGUCUAAGGCCAGCGCUCACACGGCCCUCGAGGCUCUGCCCCCGGACGCAACAAGGCCUACAGCACAUUUUUCCACCUACAAAUUGGAAAGGACGCUAGAUUAUCUGCAUUUGGGCAAUAUCCUCUCCGUUGUGCCUGUGACGUACCCUGGUGUUGCAGGCGCAUGCAUUGCCACUACUGGCGCUGAUAAGCGUGUCGUGAUCACUCACCUGGCCACAGGUGAUGUCGUCGGUAUGCUGGAGCCUUCUGCACCACAAGAUACCCAGCCACAUGGGCACCAUGCUGCCGUAUUGUGCUUUGCGCAGCACACCACGAAUCCACGGUAUGCUGUCACAUCGGGUAUGGAUGGCAUGCUUGUUGUCUGGGAUUUGGCUCAUGACACGCCGAUACAGACACUGCGAGAUCAUCGCCGCUUUGCCGUGCGUGUUGCAUUCAGUCACGAUGCGCGCUUUCUCGCCAGUGCCAGCUAUGACAAAACCAUUCACAUCUAUGAGGACGAGCAAGGCCGCUACGUCCGUCGACAUACCAUUACGCUGACGUCCAAUCCUGAGGCUCUGUUGUUUGUACGUGGUGCACCGGACCAAGCUGGUGAACGCCCUUGGCUCGUGUACACAGUUCGCGAGAGUGUUAUGCUGCAUUAUGUUGGUAUGCCGACUCACACCACCGCCUGGGAUGUGUUGACGUAUAACACAAAUCCUGAUCCAGACGACUUUCACGCAAGUUACUCGCUAUUAGACUUGGCCAUGCACCCGUCGGGCCAAUACAUUUCUGCUCAAACGGGUGAUCAUGGCACUCCGUGCGCUCUGAGCAGCGGGUCUGAUCACACACUCUCCCGCCUCCUUCUCAUGCCGUUAUUUUCCGACAAGCGACACUCGACGCUAUGGACCGAGUCACCAUCCUCCUCUUUUACUAGCCCACGACAUGCAUGGCGAAAAGAAGGCGACGGCGCAUGGAUCACGGGUGAAGACGGAAUUCUGCGACUCGUCGGACUUGAUGGCCGUGUACAUGCGCGUGUGCCGUGUCACGGCCAACACAGAGACGGCGACUUAUCUGCUGCCUCGUGGCGGCACGGCGGCAACACCGUCAUAAAAGGCGUGGCCGUACUCUAUGAGAAAGAUACGGAGCACAUUAUUACUUGUGGAUUCGAUCGUACCGUUCGCAUUGUCCAUCCCUCUACCUAA